UUCCGCGUUUUGAUGAUAAAUGUGUCAAUUGACACAACUCAUAAGCCAUAAAAUUGUAUGGUAAGACUUUCCCCGUAGAAGAAAAAAAUUCCCAUUAAGCUAGGGUGUGUUUGGGGAGUCUAAAAAAAAAGUACCAAUAUCUUUCAAACAUUAGUCCUUCACUCCAAGAAGCUGCAUGGUCCAUCCUCUAGUGUUUUAAAUUUUAGCUAACUCCUAGGUAAUUAGAUUUUGUUGUCGGAUAUUAUUUUUAUUUAUUUCCUUAAUAUCACCGAAACAUUUGGGCCUUUAAUUUUGCUUCUUUUUUUCUUCUAUAUCUUAGACUAUAGUAUAUUUGAUAUUUGAUAAUAUAGAUGAAGAUGUGAAAUUUCCAACAACAUAAAAAUAGGUCAUGGCUUUUGGUGGUUUAUGUCUAACAUUAAGCCUUGUUUUUGGGUUCUUCAUACUUUGCUUAUUUGUGCAAAUUUUCUAUUUCUUGUGGUGGAAGAAGAGAAGAACAAAUUUAGAUAUUGAAAUGGAACAAAGUAAUUAUUCAAAAGGAGUGUCUUAUUGGUUGUGUUGGAAGAAAUCAUCAUGUUCUUUGCAUGCUAAUGACACUACUAAUAGUGUAAUUAGAGACAAAGAAGCUACAAAUCAUGAACAAGAUUUGGAAUUAGGUGUUAAUGGUAAAGAUAUGCUUUUGAAAUCCAAUGGUGAAGAAAGUUUGGAAUUGGAAUUAAUGAGGUUGCAUAAUCUUCCUGGUCCACCAAGAUUUUUGUUUACAAUUACUGAAGAAACUAAAGAAGAUUUGGAAUCUGAAGAUGGUAAAUCUAAGUGUGGUAGAAGUCGAAAAGGUUCGAGAACGAAGAGUUUAAGUGAUUUUAUCGAUUCUUCUAUGAAGUGUUCUUUAGACCCUCUUGAAUCUUAUAAGCAUCAAGGGUUUAAUAAUCCUUUGUUUGAAUCUACAGCAGAAUCUGAAUUCAACAGGUUGUUUAGAUCUUCACCACCACCAAAGUUCAAGUUUUUAAGAGAUGCAGAAGAGAAAUGGUAUAGAAGAUUGAUGGAAGAAUCUAGAAGAAAAACAUUAGAAGAGAAUCAUGAUUCUGUUCCAGAAUCUGAGGUUAAAAGUUCAACUUAUGUAACAAAAGUUACAGAAAGCAAAAAGGUUCCUUCAAGUUCUUCUCAGGUCGCGCGUUCCAGGCAUUAUGUUAUGUUAAGACUUAGACGUUAAUCAUAUUUUUUAAAUUACGGUGCGCAUUUGCGAUUAUACUACAAACAUUUGUAUUGCGUCAAAAUGAGAAAAAUGUAGUCCCUCGCGCUAUUGCGCAAAAUUACAGCUGCGGACUACAAUUUGAAACACAAAGAUAGUUAUUGAGCAAACGAAUGGAAGAAUUCAUGGGCCAAUGUGUUUUUGUCUAUUCUUUUGUUUGCUAUGGCCAUAACCAGUAAUCUUUCAUGUGAAUGAUGAUGCAUAUGUUUGCAACAAGUA